CUGUCUGUCUGUUUGUCUGUCUAUUUCUCUGUUUGUUAUCUGUCUAUCAUCUGUCUGUUUAUCUAUCAUCUCUUUUAUCUGUCUGUCUAUCAUCUGUCUAUCUGUAUGUAUGUCUGUCUAUCAUCUGUCUGUCCAUCUGUCUAACCAGUAUUUCCAUCUGUUUUAGGUGUAAGACACACAACCACAAGAGUAACCAGUUCUAAGGAAGACGGCCUGAAGUCAGUUGACACCUGAGACUGAUCACACAGAAUUAACACUGACAGCUGCUGCUGAGAGCCCUAUCAGUUCAGUUUUACUUGUACCACAAUGGCCUUAUUGAACGUUACUCUUCCCUGGAAUGUCUCUUUGGACCUUAACCACAGCGAUUUCAAAUCCAACCUCACAGAAUUAGAGGACACACAACCCAUGGAGAAGAACUGGCCAGCCCUGUUCAUUCUGGCCAUUAUAUUUUUUACUGUUGCUGGGAAUAUACUGGUAAUUAUGGCCGUAUCCAUCGAGAGCAAACUGCAUAAUGCCACCAACUACUUUCUGUGCUCACUGGCCGUGGCAGACAUGCUGGUGGGAUUCCUAGUUAUGCCUGCUUCACUAAUUAAUAUUCUUUACAAUCACAUCUGGCCUCUCCCUGAACUGCUGUGUCCCAUGUGGAUCUUCCUUGAUGUGCUUUUCUCCACAGCCUCCAUCAUGCACCUGUGCGCCAUCUCUCUGGACCGCUAUAUUGGGAUCCGUAAUCCAAUCAAAUACAGCCGCAGCAACACACUUCGCAAGACCAUGUUAAAAAUCAUUUCUGUCUGGACUGUUUCUAUAGUGUUGUCGCUGCCCAUUCCAGUGAUGGGCUUCCAGGACAAGCAGAAGGUGUUUGUAAACGGCUCCUGCACUCUGAACGAGCCUCGUUUCGUCCUCGUUGGCUCCUCCGUGGCCUUCUUCGUUCCUCUGGUCAUCAUGGUGGUCUGCUAUUACCUCACGCUCCGUGAUCUCCAGAGGCACAGCGCUUCCUUCCCGCAAGAGAGCAAGGGCCAGUCCAAACAUUCAUCUGUUGAGAUCAGUGACACGAGUCUGCUGAACAGUAAGUCCUCCACCAUCAGGUCCGCACCAGGUCCACAAGGCCAAGGCAGACGAGGCAUGAUUCAAGCUUUGAACAAUGAGCGUCGAGCCUCCAAAGUCUUGGGGAUCGUCUUCUUCCUCUUCCUGGUCAUGUGGUGUCCGUUCUUCAUCACCAAUGUCCUGGUCGCCAUCUGUCAGGACAACUGCAGCGAGCAUCUCUAUAAACUCAUUCACUUUUUUGUCUGGGUGGGAUAUAUCUCCUCCGGAGUGAAUCCUCUGAUCUACACCCUUUUCAACGAGACGUACCGACAAGCCUUCGCUCGCUAUCUACGAUGUAAAUAUCAUUAAGACGUGCAGCAGAAGAAAGCCCAGGCCGUCUGAUAAUAUUCACACAGUUGCAGCAUAAUGGUUCAAACCAGCUCCACUAGUCGAGUGCUUAACGUCUAAUUCACUAGUUGACCAUCUUGACCUAGCCUAUAUUUCUAAUAUGAGUCUACCAAACUUACUUUCCCUUUAACCUCUUAAAUGUCAUUUCUGAACACUUUUUCACUUUUGGUGUGAUCGGGCUUACUUUUGUAAAAUAUAUGUUUUAUAUAAAAAAAACUAAACAAAACAAGCAAGCUCUGCCCAGAUUUAAAAAGUAACGUACUACUUUCCAUAAAAAGAGAAACUAAUAAGCAUGUUUUUAGGGAGUAAUGCAAUAUUGUGAUGCUUUACUUUCCCCAACACUGCCUGUAAACUGUGAGGAUUAAUGUUGUAGCUCCUGUCGUUCUCCAGAUUUGUCUCUGAAAAGAACAGUUAGGAUUCUUUACUUUCCCGAUGGAAAACGUGAUGCAAAAGCGUUUUGAAUAACUCUCUAUAAUACUUUUGCAAACGCAGCUCUAUCCAGGACUCGUGUCUGUCCACUUGUACUGAAUGCAUCGCAAGGCCAAAGCAAACACUAACACACUCCUUGCACUGUUUUCUUUGCCAGCCUUAUCGCUCAGCCUGAUUUAAAUGAAUCUGUUGAUAUCAAGGCUGUUUGUGUUACGCUUCAGUAAAAGCCUGCGAGUUUCUCAUAGGACUGUGCCACCACGUGGUG